AUGAGUUCCUCAGACCACGAGAAGUCGCAAAAGCUCGACGACGUCGAGGCCGCGCCCUCACGCACGUCCGACCUCGACUCGGGCGAGGUCCUGAGUGGCAGCGCCGACGGCCUGCACCGGCGGCUGGCCAACCGCCAGAUCCAGCUGAUCGCCAUCGGUGGCUCCGUCGGGACCGCCCUCUUCGUCAGCAUCGGCACCGGCCUCUACGAGGGCGGCGCCGGAUCCCUCUUCCUCGCGUACCUGAUCUACAGCUGCAUACUCGGUCUCGUGAACAACUGCAUGGCCGAGAUGGCCACCCUGCACCCCGUCUCUGGCGGCUUCAUCCGUAUGGCCGGUAAAUGGGCUGACGACGCCCUCGGCUUCGCUGUCGGGUGGAACUUCUUCCUCUACGAGGCCCUGCUUAUCCCGUUCGAGAUUACGGCCCUCAACUUGGUCCUGGGCUUCUGGCGUGACGAUAUCCCUGCUGCUGCUGUCAUCACAGUUUGUAUCGUCCUCUAUGCUCUUAUCAAUGUCAUCGCAGUCGGAGGAUUCGGAGAGGCCGAGUUCUGGCUCUCUGGCGGCAAGGUCAUUCUGAUCUUCUUGCUCUUCUCCUUCACGCUGGUGACCAUGUGUGGCGGUAACCCCCAACACGACGCGUUCGGCUUCCGUCACUGGAACGAGCCUGAGCCUUUCAAGGAGUACAUGUCGACGGGCAGCCUCGGCCGUUUUGAGGGUUUCCUCGCCGCCCUCUGGUCUGCCUCCUUCACCAUUGUCGGCCCCGAGUAUAUCGCCAUGGUGGCUGCCGAGGCCAAGCGACCCAGGACCUAUAUCAAGACCGCCUUCCGCACCGUGUACUGGAGAUUCGGUAUCUUCUUCAUCCUCGGCGCCCUGUGUGUCGGCAUUAUCCUCCCCGCCAACGACCCAACCCUGACGGGCAUCAAGGAGGGCACGGAUACUGCUGCCGGUGCCGCUGCUUCUCCCUAUGUCAUUGCCAUGAAGAACAUGGGCGUCGACGUGCUGCCCCACAUCACCAACGCGCUGAUGGUCACCUCCAUCUUCUCCGCCGGCAACACAUACACCUACGCCGCCGUGCGUAACCUGUACGGCAUGUCGCUCGAGGGCCGCGCGCCCCGCUUCCUGCGCAAGAUGACCAAGAGGGGCGUGCCCAUCUACUGCUUCAUCGUGGUCAUGUGCUUCCCCUUCCUGGCCUUCCUGUCGCUCUCGUCGGGCUCCAACGUCGUGCUGAACUGGUUCGUCAGCCUCAUCACCGCGGGCGGCAUCAUCGACUACAUCGUCAUGUCCCUGACAUACGUCUUCUUCUACCGCGCCUGCGUCGCCCAGGGCGUCGACCGCAAGUCCUUCCCCUACUACGGCUACUUCCAGCCCUACGGCGCCUACAUCGCCCUCGCCUUCGAGACCGCCGUCGUCUUCACCUACGGCUACAGCAGCUUCAAGCCCUGGGACGUCGGCACCUUCUUCACCUACUACACCAUGGUCAUCCUCUUCCCCGUGCUGUUUAUCGGCUGGAAGCUGUGGCACAAGACCAAGUUCAUCAGCCCGUACGAGGCCGACCUGGUCUGGGAGAGGCCCAUCACCGACGCCUACGAGGCCAGGUUUAAGAACCCGCCCCUGGGCUUCUGGACCGAGAUGGGCCAGCUGGUCGGGUUCAGGAGGCACCUCAAGGACGUGUAG